AUUGCGUUUACGUUCUUUGAAAUUUUCAGUUUCUUUUAAGACAUUCAAACCAAAAAAAAAAAAAAAACUUGGGGUUUCAAGAAGAAGUGAAAUAGAAGAUUGAAACCCUAUUUCCUGUUCCCGUUUUUGUCACAUUACUAGGAGGGGGAAAACAAUGUCGGAUCCUACUGUGGAAAAUGCUGAAUCAAUGAUGGAUAAGAUUACAGAGAUAAUUCAUAACCAUGAAGUUUCUUCAUCAGAAUCUGAAUCUGAGAGUGAGAAAUAUUUGCCUUCCAAGAAGAGUCGUUUAUUUGGUAGGCAGAAACCGGUGCAUCACGUUCUUGGUGGCGGAAGAUCUGCUGAUAUUAUACUUUGGAGAGAUAAGCAAACUUCGGCUUCCAUUCUUGGUGGUGUGACUGUCAUCUGGUUGCUAUUUGAGUGGAUUGGCUAUCACUUGCUUACAUUUGUUUGCCAUGCUCUUAUACUUUCACUGGCAGUAUUGUUCCUUUGGUCUAAUUUAGGUUCUUUCGUCAACAAGGCCCCGCCAAAGUUCCCUGAGAUUUUACUGCCUGAAGAGCUCUUUGUUCGUGCUGCACUGUCAUUGAGGUUUGAGAUAAAUCGAGCUUUUGCUAUCUUUAGAGAAGUGUCUUCUGGGAAAAAUUUGAAACACUUUCUUAUGGUUAUUGCUGCUCUAUGGGUGAUCUCAGUUGUUGGCGGCUGGUUCAAUUUCUUGACCCUUUUCUACUUGGUAUAUUUGAUGAUGCACACACUUCCAGUUCUGUAUGAGAAGCACGAAGAUAAGGUUGAUACUUUUGCAGAGAAGGCAUUGAUUGAAUUAAACAAGCAAUAUGCUGUGUUUGAUGAGAAGGUUCUGCAGAAGCUUCCCAAAGCCAUGAACAAGGCAAAAAAACAGCACUGAAUUUGAAGAAGUAAAAUUUACCAGAUACCAAAAAUUCACUGAAAGAGCAAUAUCUUCAGUAACCUCUUUCUACAGUUUUUGUUUCCUCCAGAGUUUUAUUGUUAGUUCUAAUAUAUGUCAACUUUCGCUAGUAUUGUAAGGGAUCAGAGUCAUCAGACUUCUUUGAGUUUCUUUCGAGUUUUGAUAUGUGCUGCUUGAAGAACCUGUACGAUAUGGAUUGAUCUCAUUGGAACCUUGCUUUUUGCAAACGAAUUAGUAAGACACUUAUUAACUUUA